CACUUAGCAAACUUUGAUCAUCAACAACAAUUUCUCGGCCCUGGGCCCCCUCACCAGGACCCUCCAGCCCAAGCAUUUCAGUGGUUUCCGUCGAAUCAGCAAGGCUAUCCUGCCCAGCAACAAUACUAUUUCGGACCUGGUUUGGGUGAAGAAAACAAUGUCUUUCUGCAGCACCCGCAGGGUUCCUACCCGACCUACAGGAACUUUGGGCCACACGGAUGGAACAACCCCCCGACUCAGCCUCGUCACCCACGCCCGCCACGUCAUGGCAGUAGGUUGAGGUUUCAACAAUACCCGUGACACAGCAGGUGAAAAAACAACUUGGGGCAGCAGGGAUAGAAUAUAGACUGGAAAGUAAGAGAAAAAAAAGAUGGGACAUGGCACUGGGUACUACCGAAGACCAUACUUCAGGGAGUGGAAAAGGCAUUGUGUUGAGGCGCAGAAAGCGGGAAGGGGGGUCUCGUUGCCUCACAAUGGCAAGCGGACCUUUGUAAUGACUGGCCGCAGCGACAAGAUACAACCACACAAGUCGAGUAAGAGGCAGGGAUUCCUUGGAAUGAUUAUUUACACAUGCCCCCAGCGAUGAUUUACUAGUUGCAGACAAUUCAAAAUGAACCCUUCGCAU